CGUUCCUUCCCUCGAUCUAUCAUCAAAAUGUCCCUCUCAACCGAAACUCCUCUUGAGAUCUUGAUCCUGGGCGGAGGCGUGGCAGGUCGGUUUUCAUCCAGUCUCAGCAGCCUCACCAUGCUUAUACAUGAUAUCANNGGCCUCACGGCUGCCAUGGCCCUAGCCAAGUUCUCGCCUGAAUCAGCACCACCAAAGAUCAGAGUCUUCGAGAUUCGACCAAAGCCUGGUGUCAUCGGUGGAGCAGUCAACCUCACGCCCAAUGCGCUCAGAUUACUCGACCGCCUGGAUGUGCUGCCGAUCAUGCAACAAAACGAAUAUGGCUUGGAGAUCGACUGCAUCGAGGUAUUCAGUGUAUACCAGCCGGUCCAGUUGGGAGAGUCAAGCUUCAGAGGACCUGAGGGCAAGGGUCUUGGAGAUCCACCAUACAAAGCUUUACGAGUUACCCGCGCAGACGUCAUGAAAGCCCUCGUCGAGGCCGUCGAAAAAUGUCCGAACGUCGAAUUCACCUGCGGAAAGAAGACCACAAAGAUUGAGGAGGACGAAGAGAAAGGCAUCACAUUGACCUUCGAGGACGGAACAACCGCUCAUGGAGACAUGCUGGUGGGUUGUGAUGGCAUCCACAGUGUCACACGCUUAAAGCAUGUCGAGCCCGAGCGUAAGGAGAUAUACUCGGGCAUUGCAAACGCAUUCGGAUUUGCACCCCUCAACAAGGACAAUCCCAAGAUUCAGGAUCCCAGCCAACUGCACUUCAACAAGACAGCCAUCAACUUUGCACGUCGCGGAAUGAUGCUUUCGAGUUUCUACGAGCCAACAAAGACUUCGGUCUAUGUGGGCGGUGUGCUGCAAGUGCCAGAGAUUGAAUCGAGAGACGGCUGGAAGGUUCGCGGCGCCGACCAAGAGCUCACAAAACAAGACAUGCGAGAGAGAUUCGCUACUGAUGAUGUCGUGUUUGAUGAUCUCAAAGCUCUGAUUGACACUGCCGAAGACUGGUUCAUGUGGCCCAUCUUCACCCUACCACCCGAAGGCCGAUGGACAACACAGCGAACCAUGCUUUUGGGCGAUGCAGCUCACGCAAUGCCACCACAGGGCGAGGCUACUGGUAUCGUACUUGAAGACACUGUGCUCUUCGCAAGAUGUGUAGCAAGACAACAAGAACUCGGUACUGGAAACUUUAGUGAUGCAUUUGCAGCCUACGAAAGACUACGCAGAGACCGCAUCAAUGCUGCGUUCAAAGAGUCUGGAGCGGUCGUAAAGACUGUUCAGGAUGCUGGUUGGUUAGGCCACAAGAUCAAAUGCUUUGUUGUGCCGUGGUUUUUGUGGUUUACGAGUGGCAAGCGAGAGAGGCAUUUCACUGAAGACGUGACCACCUCUAAUCUUGGGUUUUGA